AUGACAUCUCCUUCAAUGGACACAAACAUUACAUAUACUAGUGGCGACAUUCUUAUUAGUGAUGCAGACCUGACAAUUGCUGUUUGGGUCCUUUUUGCCUUGAUCUGCCAAGCUAUUGACGUUUUCGGAGUUGUUACUAACAUUAUCAACAUCAUGUGCUUUGUCAAGCAAGGUUUUAAAGACCCAGUCAAUGUUAGUCUUCUGG